AUGACGCUCCCCCAAAUAGCGCUACCAGGGCAAUUCCUCGCCAAAACCAGCGACUACCUGCCUGGCCCAGGAACACAUAUUCACGAGUCGCAAAUCUACGCUUCAAUCGCCGGACUCGUCAUAUCUACACCUUCUUCUUCCACCGCAAAUACAACCUCCAAAUCCAGCAACCUCACACCCCUCCUUUCAAUAACGCGCCCCCCAAGCUCGACCGACCCCGGCAUCCUAGGCCCCAACUCAGGUGCCGGCAUCCCACUCCUCCCCACCGUCUCCAGCACCGUCCUCGUGCGCAUAACACGCCUCGGCUCGCGUUUUGCCUCCUGCGAGAUCCUCGUCAUCGACAACCUCGUAUGCCGCGAAGCCUUCGUAGCGCAGAUCCGGCGCGAAGACAUCCGCGCCACGGAAAAAGACAAGAUCAAGAUUGAAGAGAGCUUCCGCGUGGGCGAUCUCGUGCGCGGGACGGUGAUUAGUUUGGGAGAUAGUGGCAAUUACUAUGUCGCGACGGACUCAAAUGAGUAUGGUGUUGUGCUGGCGAGGAGCGAGGAGGGCAGGAUCAUGCAUCCGGUUAGUUGGAAGGAGUUUAGGGAUCCGGUUAGUGGGAAGGCUGAGUUGAGGAAGGCUGCGAAGCCGUUUUGA